AUGUAUGAUUCUGAAUACUGGUUAUUGGAAGAUGAUUUUGAGAUGAUGGAUCUUAGAGGUAAGAAUGUGGCUGCUGAGGGAGAGUAUGAUUUGGAGGCUUCUAGUAAGGAGGAUUUUGAUACCUCUAUGAUGCUGCAGGGUCAGGACUGCAGCAUCAAGGAUUUUAUGAGACUGAACCCUUCGAAUUUUGUGGGAGGACCGGAUCUAGUGGUUGCAGAGAACUGGGUACAGGAGAUUGAGGAGAUCAUGACUGUACUCGGCUGCAGGGACAAGCAAAAAUUCCUAUAUGCCACAUUCAAGAUGACAGGGGAUGCGAGACAAUGGUGGCUUUCUGUGAAGCUUCUAAAGGAAUGGAGGUUAGUAAAGAUAGCUCUGACAUGGGAUCGAUUCAAGGAGUUAUUCUUUGAUAGGUACUUCCCCUUGUCCACUAGAGAGAAAAAGAUUCAGGAAUUCACUAACCUGACACAGGGGAGUAUGACUGUCGGGGAAUAUGUGGCUAAAUUGGUUGAACUAUCGCGUUUUGCUCUGUUCUUGAUCCCAAACGAGGCGAAAAGGGCUAGAAAGUUUGAAAAGGGUUUGAGACGAAGGGUUUAUAAGUUUGUAGUAGGGUUCAAGGUCCAAAACCUCUCUCACUUGGUGGAUAAGGCUUCGGUGCUGGAGAAGAGCAUUCAGGGCGGUACAGAGCUGACAGAGCAGAUGAAGAGACCUGCACCUUCCAGCUUUCAAAUUGAGGGUAGUAAGAGAUUGUGGAAGAGAGGGAAGGAUACUGUGGGCCCAAGGCAGGAUAUAGGAGAUUAG